GCUACGUACCCGAUCAUUGGCAUCAUCACGUUUGCGACGGGCAUGUCGACCUUUGCCGGUCUCCGGUACCUCUCCAACAGCCCGGACGUGACGUUCGCCAAGGAGAAGCGCACCGCGCUCUUCCACCGGUCCAGUGACGAAGGUGCAUCGUUCCGGUCGCACCGCAUCGACAUGGCCCAUCUGAAACUCAACCCGAUCACGCGCAACGGCGACUUUGUCGAGUUUCGCCAGCGCCACGCUUAAGACUAUAUUUUUCCAUUGUACACUACAAUAAUCUAGCAUCUGUUCACCUCAACUCAAUGCGAUCGUCUGCACGUUGGUGUUUGUCGG